CGUGAACUGAAGGAUUUUGAAGAACCCGUCGCUUAGGCUAGCCGUUGGCCCCUAAUUUCAGGCCCGAAAAACGGUUGUGGGGGCCCAGAUAAAGAAGAAGCUUUGCACGAUUUGGAAGCGCUGAAGUUUUCUCCUUCGUGAGAACCUUAUCAUGUGAGGACAAAGAUCCUUUGCCAAAUGGAAGCUCUAGGAGUCUAGGGACGGGAACAGAGCUUAGCGGAAUUAGUCCAAGAAUUCGUCUCGUAUUCAGAUGCCGCCUUAAAAGUCUUGGAAAUAAUUAGGCGCAAUCCUUCCGGCAAGUGAGAUAAAUCCCACAGGAAUGAGGCUGAUGCCAGGAUCCGUCGUUGGUAAACGCGUCUCUUCCCACAGCAGUGCCAUCCAUGGCUUCAAAAGACAUCCGAAGAGGGUGCUGGAUGAUGGAGACGUCGUGAACUGUGACGGUCCUACAAGCAGAUGAGAAAGUUAUCUAUAAUUCAAGAUCCCUCAGGUUUUGAGCGAAGGAUGAGCCUACAGAGUACGCUGAGGAAAUGGUUGGUGAUCCGCAAGACAAGAGGCAGAGAUCCACUAGUGAGAGUGUCAAGCGAUUUAAACCUGCAGGUCUAAUCCGUGAGAUAUCGUUCAAAUGGUCCCUGAAAGCCCCUGGUUCCUGCUCCAUCCUUCCCCAUUUUCCCCUUCUUGUGAACCUAAGCCCCUUCAAGAGUGAAAAUCGAGGCGGGCUACGGCAAAUCAUCCUUCGUCGAGACUCUACAAGGCCCGACUCUUUGUUGGCCUAAAGAUGGCGCGCUAUGUGCGCAGACUAACCGGUUGCAUUUGGGCAACGGGCGCCCUCAAUUUUUUAUUUUUUAUUUUUAAAAAGGAGCCUUCGUCUGUGUUGACAUGUCGAGCAUAUCGCAGCUCUCUUGACUUUUCUUGCGCAUCACCGGGAAAGGCCCUUUUAGAUUCCCCCGCGCAAUUUAACAUACACAAUCCGAUAUUUUCCACUUUUCCAAACGAUCGCCCGAAAGAUUAGUUGGGAGCUGGGAAGACGGUGAAAAAAGGAAAUUAUAAAAUGGGUCAAAAAACCCCAAUCGUCUCUCUUUUCCUCCUCCUCCUCCUCCUGCUGUCUCUCACUGUUUCCGCCGCCGACAACAUCACAGAUAACACCUCAUGCCCCCCAAACGAAGACAUCGUGUACUCCCCCUUCAAACCAUGGUUCCACUUCUACAGCGGCAGCAACCAACUCUGCUGGAUCACAUCUAUAUGCGCACUUGAAUCUGCCGACGAGGCGCGCAAACAGCAAUUUGGCGCCACUGCGCUAAUCAUGGGUUUAAUCCCACUGACGUUCAAGGACGUCGCUUGGCCUGAGCGACGAAUUGCACUCGUGUCCGCUCCCUUGCCCUUUGCUGCCGCGGUCAUCGUUCGCGCUCUGGGACUUGAGCCGACGGUCGUAGGUGAUCUUGACGGCGUUCAUGUGCAGAGAUACCUACAGUGGAUGGAAGGGGCCAUGUUCGCCAAUGUCGGGUUGCGCCCGAGCAUUUGGACGACUGUCCGCGUGGCCGCUAGCUUUUUGCUUCUGGUGGUAUCGUAUGGGGUGUUGGCAGUUGUGGAAAUAUACUCCAAGCGCAGCUCGCUGGGCUGUCCAUACCCCGUGUUUGCAGUUACUUGGUGCAUCGCUGGUGUAUUCCCGGCAUUUGUACAUGCCUUGUUUGCGAUGCGACGGACACAGGUGAAGGGCGGGUCUGAUUCGUUGACAACUGGUAGUGUCUCCGCGGUACAAGGUGCAGAUGAAGCUUGGCCUGUCCAACUGGCUUGGGGCAUCUACUAUGUCGCCGGUACCCUUGUAUUCACGUCGAUAAUGGCGGUGACAGUUGUCGAGCUUACCGUGUGGGUGUUUGUGCAGACUGCAGUGACGGCGGCUAGCAAGGUGUUUGCUCUAUAUCUGUGCCUGUUGCUGCGGAACCCCGACGCUGCCGCACGCCAAAUCCGGAGUGAUGAAGAGUGAUUUUGGGUCAGCCUAUUGAGGUUAGAGGCUGCAAGAUCACACUGAAUCUUGGCGAGCAGGGAAGAUUCAACUGUGCAACCUUGGAUCGUAUAUUGUGGAAGCACCAAGUACUCUUCAUGAAUGCCCUCUGUCCUCGUCUUAAAUCAACAUCCGGCCGUUCGACCCUUAUGAGACCCGACACAUAUACACGCCAUUUCUCUUGUUCAAAUUUUAGCAUUUAUUUUAUUUAGGAGGGGGAUACCGGAGUUCUAUUUUGUGUACCUGAUGACGAGAUGGUUGUUUUGAGAUUAAGCUUGUUGCCAGUCUACUUGUUCUUCUAUUCAAACUCGACCACACCUUUUCGCCUUUCAAUGUCACUUGAGCUUUUACGCGUGGCAAACGAUAGAUACAUAGCUAUCCUUGUAAUUAAAUGAUUACUUACUUCGUAAAUCCCUUUUUGUGAAGAGUUUGUAGAAAACACUCCUGCUGCUACGCUCCUAUGUCUGAACCAGAGAACACAAGUCAACCAACACUCAUUUCGUU